AUGGAUCCAGACGUUCAGUUCGUCGUCGCAGCCAUCGCUCAAUACUGCAUCAGCAGGCCUCCGCAAAGCGUGGAGCAUUGGAUCCUUCUGGGGCAAAUGGCCAUCCAAGACAAUGGCGAUAACCAGGUCAUGGCCCUGACCUUAGGCCACUUCCGUGGCACGUUGACGCAGGCGGUAUGA